AUGGGGCUCUUCAACAAAAAAAGCAAAUCCAGUGUCAACGGCAGCACAAAUGCUGCCAGCGCCAGAACCAGCCACAGCUCCUUGAUGUCGCCUCCACCCACCAAGGUCAUCAACGGCGGCAGCUUCAACUCCCCAUCCGUACCUGAUGUCUCACUCCCCGCGCCCCCCGACCCCACACUUGACCCUGCAGCGUACCUGCGGAGCAUAUACGCCGUGCGCGCACGCACUCGACUGGUAUACCAAAGAGCAAAGCGGAAUCAGUUGAACCACUUUAUUGUGGACGGGUCCAAGUUCAGAGACACAGCAGACUACGUCGUGUCCAUCAUAAAGCGAGAUUUCGCCCCAGACUACACAAGCAUCCCUGCACACGGGCGAUGGCAACACUUCGAAGCCGGCGGCCGCCCUCGAAUAGACCAACUCCUCUCCUCCUGGCCCAGCACAAUUGACGCCCAAGAGCGGACGCGCCGCCUCCUGGACCUCUUCCUCGUCUCCGUCCUCCUGGACGCGGGCGCCGGCACGCGCUGGACCUACAAAUCAAAAGAAUCCGGCAAAACGUACCGGCGCAGCGAAGGGCUGGCCAUCGCGUCCCUCGAAAUGUUCAAAGCCGGCUACUUCAGCAGCGACAGCGCACAACCGUGCCAAGUCGAUUCCGCGGGACUCAAAUUGCUGACACUAAGCCAGCUCGCGCGCGGGCUGCAAGCAACGCCGGACACGAAUCCUCUCGCUGGCCUAGAGGGGCGCGCGGGGCUGAUGACGCGACUGGGUGACGCAUUGGCUCAAAAUCCGUCAUAUUUCGGCGCAAAGGGCCGGCCAGGGCAUAUGCUUGACCACCUCCUCUCACACCCCACAACGACCGCUCAUUCGGUCCCCGUCAUCACAGUGCCAACACUCUGGUCCGUGCUCAUCAACGGCCUCGCAACCGUAUGGCCGACCACUGGCCCAGGGCGCACCAUAAUUGACGGCGUAGGCCUCGGUGACGCCUGGCCAUGCAACAGCAUGCCCGCCUCCCCGCCAGGCCUACCAUGGGAAAACAUCGUGCCGCUGCACAAAUUAACGCAGUGGCUAUGCUACUCCCUCAUGACACCCAUGCAAAAGGUCAUGAAAGUGCAUUUCGCGGGGACGGACCUCCUCACUGGCUUACCAGAAUACAGAAAUGGCGGACUACUGGUCGAUACGGGCCUACUCACCUUGAAAGAUGGGGAUAUGGAUAGAGGAUUGAGGAAAUUCCGGGAGCGCGCGGCGACGAAAGGCCAGCCGAGCAUGGAAGUCGUGCCGCUGUUUGAGACGAACGACGAUGCCGUCGUGGAGUGGCGGGCUGUGACAGUGGGGUUUCUAGACGACCUGCUAGUGGAGGUCAAUGGAAUAUUGGGGCUGAGUGGGGAGAGGAAGCUGAGUUUGGCGCAGAUGCUGGAGGCGGGGAGUUGGAAGGGCGGCAGAGAACUAGCAGAAGUAUCACGACCGAACACGAAAGAACCGCCUAUUAUGAUCAUUUCUGACGGAACGGUCUUCUGA